AUGGCGCAACAUUCAAAUUCAAUUCCAAGCAACCGGGCUGUAAGUCCCGUGCAUGUUCUUCGAGAUGCUUCAACGUAUUUGGCUAAUGCUUUGGCAGAUACAGAUUUUGUCGGAGCUGGUGGAGCAGGCAACCAUGCGUGGAACGUCCUCCGCUCUGAAGCAGACGAGAUUCUAUUCAGACAUGCCGAGCAGAGCGGCGCAACUGUCUUCGAUGGUGUGAAAGUGCAGGCUCUUGAUUUCGCUCCAACCAUCAGCAACACCGACACCAAACAAGAAGGCCAAGACCAAGACUUGAGUAGAAGGCCCGUGUCCGCAACCUGGAACCGCAAAAAGGACGGCAGCACCGGUACAAUCCACUUCGAAUAUCUAGUUGAUGCUUCCGGGCGUGCCGGCCUAAUGAGCAAUCGAUACAUGAAGACUCGGAUCCACAACAAACAGCUGCAGAGCAUGGCACUAUGGGGAAUUAGGCGGGGUGCAGGCACGUAUGGGCCAGGGGAAGGGGAUCCGUUCUCCGAGGCCGUAAGAGACGGGAGCGGGUGGGCUUGGUUUAUCCCCUUACAUAACGGCACGGUCUCUGUUGGGGUUACGCUGAAGCAAGACCGGGUUGCAGAGAAGAAGCGGGCGUAUGGGUCUGUGUCCAGCAAGGACUUUUUUCUUGCUUGUUUGCAUGAAACGCCGGGAAUUGCGCUGCUGUUAAGUGGUGCUGAACUUGUGUCCUCGAAAAUCAAGGCGGCGGCAGAUUGGUCGUACAGUGCGAGUACGUAUGCACACCCCUUCACACGUGUUGCGGGUGAUGCGGCUUGUUUUAUCGACCCGCUGUUCUCGUCGGGCGUGCAUCUUGCCAUGACGGGUGGGCUGUCAGCGGCAGUGACAAUCUGCGCGAGUCUCAGGGGUGACUGCACGGAAGAGGAGGCUGGUGAAUGGCAUUCGAGCAAAGUUGGCGAGGCCUACACGCGGUUCCUAUUGGUGGUGCGCAGUGCAAUGGAGCAGAUCCAUGGCAGGGAAAAGGCCGUUUUGAACGGGCUGGACGAAACGAACUUCAAAGUGGCAUUUGACCAUUUUCGGCCUAUUAUCCAAGGGACGGUUGAUGCAGGUGGGAAACUGACCCAGGCAGAGGUGGACAGGUCAGUGGAGUUUUGCACCCGGGUGAUUCGCAAGGUUGAGAGCGGAUGUCUGGCAAACCUCGACAGCAGUCAAGCGGCAGAGUUUACCGCUAGGGGCGCUGCUGCUACAUACUCGGAGAGUAGCCAGUGCGAUGAGGUUAUGAUGAAAGUGGUCCGAAUGAACCGGAUUCUGGAUCUGAACAGUUUUACGGUUGAUAUUGUGAAUGGGAUGGCGCCCAAUAUCGAACGGGGCACUUUGGGGCUUGUCAAGCAGGUUACUGCUUGA